ACAUCGGUUCGGCAAGUGGUGGAAGAUUCCUUGGAGAGAAACUUGCCACGGCUCGCAACAAUGCUUGAUAUGGACAGAAGAGAUCAGUCUGCAGCACAAGAAGGAACGGCAGCUGAGGAGCAUAUACUUAUAAACGACGAAGACGACUUGAUUAAUUUCAACAAGAUGUUGGCUAGUAAGCAAGUAUUCAAUGAUUACAUCAAAUAUUUCACAAAAAUUAUUCCACCUGCUGCUUACUACGGAAAGGGUGAUUCUGCAUGCUACUUGAUUGUUGACUGUCUAUUUACACGAAUAUUCUGGAAUGGUUUUACUUGGACUGGUAUUAACAGAGGAAACAAGUCAAAACGAGGAUUUCGUGAAUUUGCCAAUGUUCUGCAACUGCUUCUCACGAUGGUGAGCGUUGGUGACCCAACGUAUACGAAUAUAAAAUUGGAGUCAUUCUGCAAGAAUCGUCUUUUCCGUUACUCGAAAGCAAGGUCGUCCAGUAAGAAGCUACGAAAGUCUACGUGUCGCCGUACAAAGGCCAAGAAAGGCGAGGCAGAUACAGUUCCAAUUGAUAAUGAUGAUUAUAAUGAUGAAACGAUUGAUAAUAUUACUAGUGAUUCCAACCAGGAUGACUCAGAUGCUGAUUCGGAUUCAAGACUAGAUUCUUAAGUAUUUUCAACAAUAUUUAUUAUAUAAA